AUGAAUUCGAUUGGGACAAGGACUAAAAAUAUGCUCCUGGUGCAUGAUGACAUAGGAAAAGCUAAGCCAUCAACCAGGAAACUUCCUAGUGAAAACUUCGCUUAUGGUAAGGCAGAUUACCAAGAUGUUGAAGGAGCAGGUGAUGUCAUGUCAAACUGGAAAUUCCAUGACCAAAGCUCUAAGAAUAAGCCUGAUAGGGAUUUUAAGAAGCUCAAUAAGAUGGGCCUUAAGCAUAAAGCCUGCAAUGCGAGGGAUACUUAUAAGUUCAGACAGCAGAAUGACGCAAGAAUGAAGGAAGCAAAGGCGGGAGUUGGCAAGAGAACCACUCUGCCUCCUUCAGAGUUCACCUACGGUAUGCCUUGAAGACCCUCAACACCUAUAAGAGACGUUAUGGGAAAUUUCUUUGGAGAGAUGGCUGAGAGUGAGAUCAAGUAUAAAUACCAUCAUACUAAGACAAACUUUAGGAAGACUGAUAUGGUGCAGGAGGCUAACAAGCACACUGCUAAGAGCAAGAUCGCCCAUGAUUUCAUUAAGUCUAAGGGCAAGGAGGAUGAGACCCAAGCCAAGCUAUUCUCAGGAUCACAAGACCUUUUCAAGAUCAAUAGGUUUAAGAAGGUGGCUCCAAGAUACAAGAAAGACCCAAGAGCUCAUCAUGCUUAG